UUCUCUCCUCUCCCUCUCACUAUGCUCCUCUCCCCUGUUCUCCUCUGCAACACCAUCUCCAUUGCUGCUUCUCCUCGACGUUCCUACCCUCAGAGCACAAUCCGUGCAUGUAUCUCCCAGUUCCAGCUCCGCCAUGGCGGCGCCCCGACGCCUAAGUCAGCCGUAGUGUCGGACAGCCUAAGGCUGCUCGAAUGGGACAAGGUUUGCGACGCCGUCUCCUCCUUCGCCGGUACUCCUCUUGGCCUUGAAGCCACCAAGGAACGGCUUUGGUCUGUGGACUUGAGCUAUGAGCAGAGUCUUAGGCUGUUGGAAGAAACGACGGCUGCCGUUGAGAUGAUCAAGUACGGGAACAGUGGGUUGGACUUCUCUGGCAUCGAUGUUGUUUUGGUAAAAUCAGCAAUUUAUCGUGCUUCCAGAGGUAUCCCGAUAGAUGGAAUGGAAGCAAGAGCUGUUGUUAGUUUAAUAGAGUUUAGUGAAACUUUGCAAAUUGUUGUCAAAACAGCUGUUAAGGAGGAUGCCGAUUGGUUCAAUCGCUUCAUGCCUCUUACUCAAAUGAUAUUGGAUUUUGCCAUAAGCGGACCUUUUGUCAAGGCAGUACAACAAGUGAUAGAUGAAGAUGGGUCUGUCAAAGACAGUGCGAGUACUGAGUUGAAGAGAGCAAGAGAUCAAGUACGAGUCCUGGAAAGGAAGUUAUAUCAACUGAUGGACAAGCUCACAAGGAACGAGAAAAAUGAAGCUUCCUCUUUGGAAAUGUGUAAUGUUAAUGGAAGAUGGUGUCUGAAAACAAUGGAUGCUCAGUAUGCUCAAAUUGAUGGAUUACUAUUGUCCAGUUUUUGUUGCGGUUCAGAUGUUGGUGGCCUUAUAGAACCACUUGCUGCUGUCUCAUUAAAUGAUGAAUUGCAAAAUGCAAUGGCAUCAACUGCCAAGGCUGAAGAGGAAGUACUAUCAAGGUUGACAGACAAGAUGCUGGCAGAACUUGAUGCCAUUCAGCUGUUGGUGCAGACCAUAAUUGAUUUAGAUGCUAUCUUUGCUCGAGCAAAGUUCAGCAUUGCAUAUGGUGGUUCUUGCCCAGACUUGUUCAUUCCUGGUGAUGAGAAGCAAAGAGGCAUCAAUAAGGGCAAACCCUCUAAUGAAAGAGCUUCCAGGAAAGCUUUGUCUUCGGGUCUUCCUCAAAAGGAAUGGAAACUGUAUAUGCCGCAAGCUCACCAUCCUCUGUUAAUCCGGAAGCAUCAUGAAAACUUAAAUAAAGCAAGAAAGGAUGUUGCCAAUGUUUAUGCGGAUAUCAGGAGGAGGAGAUUGCAAGGUAAAAUGGAUGAUAAUAUGGAUUCAAUUCUUUCUUCAAUGAAACUUAAGGUCGCUGCUUUGGAAAAAAACCUUCCAGUCCCAGUUGAUUUUAUGAUUCCUUUAGAAACUGGGGUGUUGGUUAUAACUGGCCCAAAUACAGGGGGGAAAACCAUUAGCAUAAAGACUGUUGGUCUAGCAUCGUUGAUGGCUAAAACAGGUCUUUAUGUUCUGGCAUCUGACCCUGUCAAAAUCCCUUGGUUUGAUGCAAUUUAUGCUGAUAUUGGUGAUGAGCAGUCAUUGACGCAAUCAUUGUCAACGUUUUCAGGUCACCUGAGGCAGAUAAGUGCUAUUCGUUCGCAAUCAUCUAACAAGUCCUUGGUACUACUGGAUGAAGUUGGUGCUGGUACAAAUCCUCUUGAAGGAGCUGCGUUGGGAAUGUCACUUCUUGAAUCUUUUGCAGCAGAAGGUUCAUAUUUGACAGUGGCUACCACUCAUCAUGGCGAACUGAAAACUUUGAAGUACAGUAAUCAUGUGUUUGAGAAUGCAUCUGUAGAAUUUGAUGAAGAUAGUUUAAGGCCAACAUAUAAGAUCCUUUGGGGAGUACCAGGUCGAUCAAAUGCAAUUAAUAUUGCAGAAAGAUUAGGGAUGCCCUCAAAUAUACUAGACAAUGCCCGUAAAUUACAUGGAGCAGAUAGUGCUGAAAUUAAUCAGAUAAUCCUUGAUAUGGAAAGAUGUAAGCAGGAUUUUCGUCAAGGUCUUGAGGAGGCACAGCAUUAUUUGAUGCUGUGUAGGAAGCUUCAGGAAAGCCUGUCAAUGGCAAGGCAGAGAGUCACUGCCCACAAUAUCAGUGAACAGAGAAAGAAAAUGAAAGCAAUCUCUAAUAUUGCCGCUGUAGCACGUUCAACUCUUCGCAACAAACUUCAGCAUUUCCGUGAAUCAGCACUUGCUCAAAAAUCAUCACAAAACACGGCAGCAGAUAAUAGCUCAUCUCAUGUCGAAACUCGGGAACAGUCAUCAUCAACCUACAAUUCUACCCAGAACAAUCCAAUCUUCGAAAACUGAUCAGCCUACUCCCAAGACACACAAUGUAAUUCCUGAAGUUGGUGAUACAGUGAGUGUACCAUCCCUUGGAAAGCAAGCAGUGGUUUUGAAAGUGGAAGCGUCUAAAGGGGAGAUACUAGUCCAAGCAAGUAACAUGAAGUUAAGAUUAAAGCUGCAUGAUAUUCAAACCUUAAAAUUGAGAACCAAACAAGGGUGAAACUUUUUUAAGGUGUUGUAUGAUAUGCCAUGAUAAGCCGCUACUUUUUCAACACUCACUGUUGCUGGGAUAAUAUGGGACAUCAAUAUUGCCACCCAUUCGAGGAACCAAGAGCAUUAGUGCCACUUCAGUUGUAGCCUGUUCUUAAAGAGGUUAUCUUCAUUUUUGCUGCAAAUCAGCUCCUUUUAUCAGCUUGUGCACAUUCCUCUGAUGCAUGUGGGCGGUGGAGUAGAUCAGGAGAUGUGCUGACUUUUUUGAAGCGUUCACCUACUCUUUUGACAACCAAAUAGGAGUUACUAAAGUUACGGUCCACUUUCUUAUAAAAUAGAUCGUUUGUUCUAUGAUGGUUUGACUAUUUUUACAUACCUCCAGACUGACUUUGGACAACCAAACAGAAUUUCUUUGAUCCACAUUUGAGACUAGCUUUUAAAUCCGUUUUUAUGUCUUGGAAAUUGAGAACAACAGUGGCAGCAGCUCAUGCCUUUGGAGUUUUGACAACAGUAGAUUAUCCUGUCUUCUGUUUCUUUGUAUGUUAUUCUUUUAUGAAUACUGUAAGUGUUUUACAUAGCAUAUUUUAUUUCAAGUUGUUGCUUGGCUAUUCUAAUCACAAGUUUCAAUUUGGACUUGCAAUUUGCUACGCUUUGCUAAUAUUUAUUUUUUCCAUCUAUUAGUUAGGGAGAUCUCGUAGUGCUUUCUGAUAUUUCAGAUGGGCAUUUAUAUUUAGCAGAUCAAGGUGUUUUUAGUUGGUUCUUAAUGAUCUGAAGCUGUGGCAUUUAACUUGCACUGCUCUGGCCCGGUACUGAUCAUUUAUAGCCUCCUGCUGUGGUCUGUAUGCAACUUGGCUUUUGCAUGGUGGAUAUUUGAUUUAUUAUUUUGGUUUCUUUGGUGCUAAUUUCUAACUAAGUUAAUUGGUAAUCAAUGAAUUGUGACUUUCUUCCGUGGAAGUGAGUUUAAAUGUAAUAUACAUGUUUUUUUUUCAUUAUUAUAUUUGUUGUUUAUCUAAUUAUCUUGGCAACAGAACAUUGAAGUUAGCAUACAACUGGUAUGGUAUAUCCAAGCCAUUCUUGCCACUGUUGUUAUGCGGACAGAUUUACUGUAAGUUUGUUUCUGCCUCUUCUGUAAUGACAGAUUUAUCUAGAAACAUCAUUUGCAGGUUCGCGAAUCAAGUUUGUGGAUUACUACCAAUAGUCAUUGUUUUGCCUAGUUUAAUGAAAUGUAAAAUGAAUAAAGUUAUUCAGGCAAAUUGUGCUACUAGCUGUCUAUGAAAUUGUUUCAUCCUACUUUCUUAAACUUUGUUCUUUUUUUCAGAAAGAAUCAAAUUGACAAGAAUGUUGUGUCAUCCUUGUACACAAUUAAGCACCUAUUUCUGUCAUUUGUACCAUCAAUGCUAUGCAAUACAUCCAUAUGUUAUAGUUUA